AGGGUGUUUAUUGAGUUAUUAUAUUAGACUUAUUGGGCUAGCUAUUUCAAAAUAUAUUUAUGUUAUAGUUGUCCUAUAGUCUGAGUAGUCUCUAAGCCCAAAUGUGCCGAUAAACUCACUUCGGAACUGAAUCCUUUGCUAAUCGUUCGAAAAGAUCCAAGUCAUAAUAUAAAUCUUCUAUAGAAGUGGAGAUGCAUUGGUCACAUCCUGAGAAAAGAUACCAACAACAUAGCUAGGCAGGCCUUAGAGUGGAACCCCCAGGGAACAAGACGUAGAGGAAGAACAAAAAGAACAUGGCGACGCAGUAUACUAUAGGAAGCCGAGAGGACCGGAAAGAGCUGGGAAGCCAUCAGAAAACUAGCAAGAGACCGUGGAGAGUGGCGUGUUUUUGCAGAGGCCCUAUGUUCCAUGAGGAACCCAAAGGAAUGAUGAUGAUGAUGAUAUAAAUCUUGCAUUAUUACGAGAUCUAUAUGCUGCUAGUACGGUGAUUGAGAUAAACUAUGGAGAAAGCUAGAAAUGAAUAUAAGAAAGAUGGCAGGCACCUUCAAGGCGAGGGAGAGUUCCACGAACAAGACCAGAACCUACUUCACGUGGAGAAGGCAAAGUCAGAAGAUGAGAACAAGGGACGCAAUACCUGGGCUAGGAAGACAGAAUACUUCCUGUCUAUGCUUGGUUACAGUGUUGGGCUGGGCAAUAUCUGGAGGUUCCCUUAUCUCUGUAUCCGUAAUGGAGGAGGCGCCUUUCUGAUACCAUAUCUUGUAUGUCUCGUAUUGUGUGGUCUCCCGUUGUUCUUCAUGGAAGUAGCUUUGGGUCAGUUUAUGUCCAAAGGUGUAUACCAAGUUUGGAACAUUUGCCCGCUCUUCAAAGGUAUAGGCAUUGGUCAGAUCAUAGUCAACAUCAUCUCUGGCUGGUACUAUGUUCUGCUCAUCGCUUGGGUCCUCAUCUACAUGGUGCACUCCUUCCGAUCACCGCUGCCCUGGACCAUUUGCGGUCAAGAGUGGAACUCGCCGCUGUGCGUCCCACAAGGAGCGCGCGUCCUCUAUGACGCUAAUGGCACCGUGAGUCCAGCAUUGUCACAGAGCGCCAAUGCAACUGGGGACACUGUUUGGCAACACUUCGUGGUCAACGGAACAACAGACAUGAAAGGGUUAAGGUCAUCAAGCGAAGAGUUUUGGCUGAAUAACGUCCUUGAGAUCUCUCCAGGCCUGGAAGAACUGAAUGGACUUCCCUGGCACUCGGCCUUGGCCUUGUUCGUUUCCUUCGCGCUGGUUCUACUCUGUGUCAUCCGAGGCGUCAAGUCAGUCGGAAAGGUUGUUUACGUCACCGCUACUUUCCCGUUCAUUCUGCUGACAAUACUAAUCAUCAGGGGCGCCACCCUCCCUGGAGCUUUAGACGGGUUCCUCUUCUACGUCACUCCAGAUUGGAGCAAACUGGUGCAGGUCCAGACCUGGCUGGAGGCAAGUUUUCAAGUGUUCUACUCCCUGGGGCCAGUAUGGGGUGGACUGGUCACCAUGUCCAGCUAUAACAAAUUUCACAAUAACUGCAUGCGUGACGCCGUCAUAUUGACAUUCGUCUGCGAGGGAACAAGCUUUUUCGCUGGGUUCGCCAUUUUUACAGUCCUCGGUCACAUGGCCUACAAUCUCAAUGUUCCGGUUGAAAACUUUGCCGCUUCCGGGUCUGGAUUAGCAUUUGUUGUCUACCCUGAGGCAGUGUCGUAUCUUCCUGUCCCUCAGCUAUGGGCCCUCUUGUUCUUUCUGAUGUUGCUUACUGUUGCACUGGACACACAGGUACAUCUUCACAGUUGUUUGGUUGUUUGUGUACUUAAAGACGUCUGGCGCCCUCCUUUUGUAGCUUUCGAAGUUGUCAUGACAAGCCUACAAGACCAUAUGCCAUCGGUGGUGAAAAGAUGGGAGAUAAUCAUGAAAAUUGUCUACAGUUGCAUCCUAUUCCUGCUUGCUCUCCCUUUGGCUUGUAGGGGCGGUAUUUACUUGUUUCAAUUAAUGGACUGGUAUAUUGCUUCAUUUUCAACCGCAGCUAUUGGACUGUUGCAGACUGUUGCUGUGGCUUGGAUCUAUGGAGCAGAGAGGUUCAUGGAUGACAUUCAACUCAUGAUGGGAAGAAGACCUCCUUAUUUGUUCAAUGUACUCUGGAGAUACAUAACUCCAGUUUUACUUUUGAUCCUGUUGAUUGCGUCCCUCCUGACAUAUGAGCCACCCACCUUUAAGGAGUAUCACUACACUUCCGGCGCUGUGGCAUUUGGCUGGUUCAUUGCUAUUUUCUGGUUCCUUCCGGUUCCGGUAAUGGCUGUGGUUCAAAUAAUGAAGUCCAGUGGCGACAUAAAGAAGAGACUUAAAACUGUGUGUAGCCCCACCUCUGAAUGGCAGCCAUCACCUCGUGACUUAAAGGAGCGUUACCAUACAGAAAAAGAGGCGCCCCCACGAUCAUCAUCAUUAUGUAGUAAAAUCCGAGGGUGCUGACCAGCCGACAACGUUUAGUUCUAGAUGUUUCUUUAACGACACAGACAUUGUUUCUUGAAUCUUUCUCGUGUAAUAGUCUGUAAAGCUGGUUCAUGGUGGGGUUAUGAAUGAAUUGUUAACUCAUUGACUUUGUAUUGAAAUUACCCCUUCGCUGAUGAAAACUCAAAUCAUAGGCGUAGCCAGGGGGAAUGGGGUUCAACGCCCCCCACCCUUAAAAGAAAUCUUAGUGACUGAUUUUUUGCUUCGAUUUUGUUUAUCCGAAACUAAGAAGAACUAUGAUCGAAACACUCAUAGCUUCCUACAGCGUUAGUUUUAGUUCGAUUGUUAUAUCGUUCAUUCUGAUACUAAAUUUCUGUAAAUUCUUAAUAAAAUAAUUAUGGCCCCCAAAAACUUUUCAUUUCAUUUUUUGGCCCGCUCUUCAAAAAAAUUUGCCCAUCACUAAGUUGAAUGAUGAUUUCUUCCCCCAAAAUAUAUAUAGCUCCGCCUUCGUUGUCGAAGAUGAGCACAUCCUCGCUUUAAAAAGCCGGCCGCUUAUGUGGCAUGGGUGGGUUAUGUCAGUUGCAGAUAGGCCUGCUUCUUCUCUCAGCUUUUUGUUGCUUCAAAUCCUGAGACUCCGAGACUCACAGCUUCACGCCAUGAGGAGCGAUCGAGAGCUAGUUCUUCCCAGCCUUGGAUGUCGAUAUCGCAUUCCUUGAAGGAGCUCUUGAGAGUGUCUUUAUAGCGCUUGUAUUGAACCCCUCAGAGCGCUUUCCUGCACACAACUCCCCGUACAGAAGUCGUUUGGGAAGGCGAUUGUCUGGCAUGCAGACUACAUGCCUCGUUCAUCGAAGUUGGGACCUUUUUACUGUCGCAUUGAAUCUGUACAUGCUGGACAGCUUUAAAAUGUCUGUGUCUGGUAUGUGGUCGGGGGGACACGACAAUUCGUUCACUGACAUUUCAUUCACCGACAAAUCGUUCACGACUUUUCGUUCACGCGACUAUUCGUUCACCAGACAUUUCGUUCACCCAUAGUAAAGUAAGGGCCCAUUUAAAUGUUUCAGCGAGCUUGUAAGAUCUCUUUUUUCUUUUAAGUAUAUUUUUUAUCACAUACUGUCCUCGUUAACAAAAUAUUAACAACAAACAAACAAAAAUUUAGAAAGAAUUUCGGAUCAGGCCCGAUCUCUAGCAAUUUUUUGUUUUUGGAAAUAUCCAGUGAACAAUUUGUCUGUGAACGAAUAGUUAGUGAACGAUUUGUCUGUGAACAAUUUGUCUGUCAACAAUUUGUCUGUGAACGAAUUGUUAGUGAACGAUUUGUCGCGUGAACGAUUUGUCGUGAACCAACUGUCGGUGAACAAGUUGUCGGUGAACAAGUUGUCUGUGAGCGAAUAGUCCGUGAGCGAUAUGUCGCGUGAACGAAUUGUCGGGUGAACGAAAUGUCUGGUGAACGAAUAGUCGCGUGAACGAAAAGUCGUGAACGAUUUGUCGGUGAACGAAAUGUCAGUGAACGAAUUGUCGUGGAACCUGUGGUCGGACCAACGCAUCAAAAAUAUACAUAAACUGUCACAUGUCUCGGAAAAUCAUUUUUGAAUGACUCAUCCUGUUUCCAACCAGCUUUUUUUUACGAAACCACGAAGAGUUUUGCCAGCUGAUGGAAAGAAUUGUACAAAUACCUGUCACGGGGUAAAAUUAAAUAUCUGGAGCGAAAUGAUCGAGACGACUUUUAAACAGAAACACAAAAUUUUGUUAAGAACUUUUUUUUCCCCCUUUCUCCAUCCCAUCUCCACCUCCCCUACUUCGAUAAUCCAGUUGAAACCAAUCUUCAUGUAUCUCUGGCGGAUUUAAAUAUAUCGAGGCCAUACUGCACUCAUCCUUAAUCUUUGGACUCGAAGACAUAGCCGUUAUUGUUAUUACGUCUGUGCCUAAUUGUAAUCUUUUAAUGCACUGUGCCAUGUAAAAUCAUUUUA